CCGAAGCGAUAUUUGAAAGCGUUUAAAGAUCUAAUCGCUUGCGUCAGAGCGAUGGACGCGGAUGUGCUCACAGUAACCAAUGCCACGACCAUAAAGAGCACCGAAUACGGGGACGUGUAUCCCAUGGCCAGCAAACUCCGGGGCUAUUGCGUGAUCAUCGAUAACGAGAAAUUCAAAGUGAAAACUCUGGAGCGCAGGACCGGCACCACAGCCGACGCCAGCCGACUGUCCUCUGUCUUCGAACAGCUCUUCUUUCGGGUAAAACUCUAUGAGAAUAAAACGGCGGACAAAAUGAAAACACUUUUAGCGAACAUCGCGGCCGACAAAGCGCUGGUAAAACACGACGCUUUGGUAGUCAUUAUACUAUCGCACGGCGCGGAAGAAGGCAUUUACGGCACGGAUGGGGUCACUGUUGCCCUCAAGACUAUACUCGAGAUGUUUAACAACGAGAACUGUCCACAGCUUAUCGAUAAGCCUAAGAUGUUCUUUACUAACGCCUGCAGAGGCAGCUAUGUUUCAACGCGUAGUAUGUUUAAGGGUUCGUGGUUUGGACAGGAGUUGGCCACGUGUUUGGCUGAAUCGGCUCAUAGGGAACAUCUCAACGACUUAGUGACUAUACUUGUGGCCAAACGCGUCAGCGAAAGGAUUGGUAAAAUUGAUGGUCAGUUCAGCAAACAGGCCAUUGAGACACAUAUCAGAGGCAGUGUUAAAAAGGUUUAUUUUAAUCCGGGUCUUUAUUUGGAGAAUUGAUAAUUGCGAGAAUAAAUUAUGG